AAUAGAACCAAAGGUGCACUAAAUCAGAGCCUACUCUCUCCGUUUUAAAAUAAAUAUUUUAAUUUUAUAUUAGCUUUAAUAUAAAGUUGUACUAAGGUUGAAACCCAUAUUUUGGGACGAACGGAGUACUAAAAUCCUCUGCUGCUAGAUCGGGUGGUGGGACUUCUCAGUCAGUGUACCGUCAGUGCUGACCUCACAAUUGUUGACCCAAUCAAGAGAAAUUUAGCGAGCUGGUGGUGAUUGGUGAGCUUCGGCCUCAAGCACCCUCACGGUCACUCCCACUCUGACUCUUUCCAGGUCGACGAUUUCUCCAACCUUUUAAAGAGCCACACAGACGGCCGCCUACAGACUACCCGAUCGGAUCCACUUGUCUUGUCAUGGCAGACGCGGCACGCCAGCAGGACGGCCUAGGCGACGGCGGUCGCCGCCACUUCCUCAUCGUGGCCUACGGCAUCCAGAGCCAUCUCAACCCGUGCCGCGUCCUCGGGCAUCGCCUCCUACAGCUACACGAUGCAGACGGCUCAGACCCCGUCCUCGCCACGCUCUCACUCCCGUUGUUCACGCACCGCCGCAUGUUCCCUUCGUCCGGCAACGGCGAGCCGGAGGGGGCGGAGGCCACAGACGGCCUCAUCUCUUGCGUUCCCUUCUCCGACGGCGUCGACGACGGCACCACCGCCAGGGGCCCCGAGGAGAGGGCGCGCCGCCGCCGCGCGUCCUUCGAGAGCCUCUCGACGGUCGUCGCGCGCCUCGCUGCCUGCGGCCGGCCCGUUACGUGCAUCGUGUGCAGCAUGAUGCUCCCCUGGGCACUGGACUUGGCGCGGGAGCAGGCCAUCCCGUUGGCCGUGUUUUGGAUACAGCCGGCAACCGUCCUCGCCACCUACUACCACUACUUCCACGGCUACGGCGACCUCAUCGCGUCCCACGCUGCCGACCCCGCGUACGAGGUGACUCUGCCCGGGCUGAGCCGGCCUAUCAGGAUCCGUGACUUCCCGUCAUUCCUCGUCGACACAACCGGAGCUGAGGUGGGCAAGGUCGUCAACGCGGCCUUCUGUGAACUGUUCGAGUUCAUGGACGAGCAGACGCGGGAUGUCAAGGUCCUCGUCAACACUUUGGACCAACUGGAGCCGGCGGCGCUCGCGGCCAUGAGGGAGCACAUGGAUGUGUUCGCCGUCGGCCCCAUGGUCGGGUCGUCGGCCGAGGCGCGGAUCCAUCUGUUCAACCACGCCGGUGCCGACAAGACGAGGUACAUGGAGUGGCUCGGGGCGCAGCCGGAGAGGUCGGUGGUGUACGUCUCGUUCGGCAGCAUAUGGACGUACAGCGAGCAGCAGAUGGAGGAGAUCGCGGACGGGCUGCGGCGGUGCGGACGGCCGUACCUGCUCGUGGUGCGCAAGGACGGACGGCAGGAGGACGUGAGCCGCUGCCUCGAGGACGUCGUGAAGGAGGGGAAGGGCAUGGUGGUGGAGUGGUGCGACCAGCCGGAGGUCCUCUCGCACCCGUCCGUGGGGUGCUUCGUCACCCACUGCGGGUGGAACUCCACGCUGGAGGCCAUGGCGCUGGGCGUGCCGGUCGUCGCCGCGCCGAGCAUGUUCGACCAGCCGACCAACGCCAUGUUGAUAGAGGAGGAGUGGGCUGCCGGCGUCAGGGGAGACCGCAACGGCGACGGCAUCUUCGCUGGGGCGGAGCUGGCGAGGUGCGUUGAGCUGGUCAUGGGCGACGGCGCGAGGGCCCUCGAGGUGAGGACAAAAGUGGAGUCUCUGAAAGGGAUGGCGCGGGAUGCAAUGGCUCCUCGAGGGCCGGCGGAAAGAAACCUCCGAAGCUUCGUCUUGGAGGUCCAAACUACGGAUGAAGCUCGCAGGAAGGACAUACCACAGGUCCACAACCAUGACGAAAUCAACGCCAAACUUAGCCAAUAGUAGAUUUGCACACUCAUUCUAAUCAACUCGGGAUUUAAAUACUCAUUUAGGAUUUGCAUGUGUAUGUUUUAAGGACAUGUACAAUAAUGUUAUCUUAAAAGCGACACAUAGGAUAAAUGAUAAAGUGGAGGAACAGAACUUGGAAAAAAGGCUUUGCCUUUUCUUAUUUAAGAAAAGACAAGAGGUGAUCUUUUAACAUAAUGUCUCAUCAUGUUUUUAAGAACAACUAAUUAUAGAAGAUAAAGUUAAGACAUGAUUCAUUGUA